AUGGGACAAAACUCACUUAACAAAUGUCUCACUUAACAACAGAAAUUUUGGCCUCAAUUGUGGUGGUAUCAUGAGGACUACCUUUACUUGGAGCAGAACUUCACAGAAAUAGAUUACAAAUCAGUGACCAGUGACAGCUUUCUAUGAAAAUAUUUGAUAUUUACGUUAUGUUACUUCCAACAGCCUAAGAGAAAUGAUGUCAUUGUUUAAAUUAUAGAAGAACUUGAGAUACAGCUUUUUCAGGUUUUCUAUCCCAUACUCUGAUAUCAUUUCUGCUAAAUGUCUUUAGAGAUUAUCAUUCAUCCAGAUCGUUGUCCCAAAGGUGUUGUUCAAAAGGCACCUGGACUUUCUUUGUUACCAACAAAGUACAAGUUGCCUUUUGAACAACGCCUUUGGGACAAUUUCUGCUAAAGUGACACAACUCUUGAAAAAGCACCUUGAGUACUGUAAGAGAUUAUUUAAUCAUAAGAAGCUUUUUCCUAAUAUAUACUUGAAAUGCAUACUUUUUAUUUUCUUUUUCUUAACUUUUUCUUUACUUCCUGCUUUCAACAAUAAAAAUACUACUUAAUUAUAUCAGACCUGCAUUGGACAGAUUUAAAUCUGGUUAUGGUUAGAUCUUUAUAGUUUUUCUUCAAUGUAUUGGGACAUACCAUAAUGUGUAGAACAAUCAAUUUGCAUGAUAAAACAUAAUCUCUACUUUUUCAAAGUGUUUGUAUUUUUCCAACACUUUACAAGAUUUACAUCAGUGGCAAAAAUAUUUGACAUAGCUCUGAAUCCUACUUGUUGAUGCUGUGUGGCCAACACACCUGUUCGGUGUCAUAUUAAUUUUUAAAAAUGAGUGGGGGGAAUAAACUUAAAAUUGCUAUGCAGUUUCUGGUUCCUAUGCAGAAAACGUCAAUUCAUUAAUUGAGAGCAGCUUAUUUGGCUGAUCGGUCACAAAGUUUUUUUCUAGUCUAGCUACUAAAUCCCAGAACUACUGUUUAAAAAAUAUAAUUAUUAAAUUGACCAAUAGGCUUCUCCAUAAUAAUUGUCAAAUAGAUCGAUUCCAUUAACAGAAAGAUAGAUGCCUGUUGUAAAUCCAGUUUGCCACUCCUGUCUCAAAAUCCUACUUUCUUGACAACAAAGCAAAAAGUAACUUGUCUUUUAAGUAUUCAAAAUAUAAUGAAAAAAUAAGUCCUCUCAAGAAAACUAUAUCAAAUGUAGGAUAUCACACAGCUAUGUAAAGGUCUUAGUAUUUGUCAUAAUUUGUUUGGAUUUGUUUCUGUUAUGUGUUUUGCUUAGAAGCUUUCAUGGAUUAUUUGACACUUCUCUGGCAAUCUCUGUAAAUAUUUGGAAGAAAUUAAACCUGAGAUGUGAUGGAAAAUAUGCUUUAAAAUAUGAAAUUCUUACCUCACAUGGAUUUUAUUUGGAUUUUAGUAGGAAAUCUAACAUUUAAAGAAAAAUAAAUUGUUUAGGAAGUGGUAUCCUUUUACUCAUUUUAUCAUAUUUUAGCAAAUCAGGAAUUAGCAUCUUUUAGUAAGUGACAUGAUACAUCCAAUAGUGUUGCCUUUAUGUCAUUAGUGUUUUUGCUCCUAACUGCUAUGGUAUACAUGCAAGUAAACAAGUUUAGUUUUAUCUAAAAUCUGGGGAUUUUUGACAUUUUCAAUAAAAUAUUUUUGAAGAAAUUAUUCUUCAAAAUAGUGUGUCUGUAAAUUGAUCAAACGUACAUUUCAUUUCAUUAUUUCAUUCCAAAGUCUGAAUUGAAUAGAUUUUUUUUCACUUUACAUUUAGUACAUUUUCGAUCUCAUCUAUAGUGGCCUCAUGAACAGAGAAUAGUUUACAAGUAAAUUAAAUCUGUACAAACUACAACUAAAUCAAAACCUUGUACAAGCUGUAGUUGAUGUCCUAGAUACAUAUAAUUGUUUAAUUACCCUUUCAAAUCUAAAAGUAUUUGACAGCUGCUUUUAAGGGUGUUGGGAGAUAUUUGUUGAAAAUUGUAUACAUGUGCAGAAAGUAUGUUAUUGUUAAAGGUAACAUAAGUGGUGAAGGCCAGUAUUUCUAUGUCCAUCUGGGAAAGUAAAUUCAGCUAAAAAUACAAGGCUGCAAUGUAAAAUGCAGUAUGUAAGCUAUUACAAUUAUACUGUGUUUGACUUUGUUUGAAUCAAUACUUGUUCCAUGUGAGUGUUUCUUCAGGGAAAGAAAGUAAUCAAGGCAGAAUUUGAUUUAUGUAUGGAUCCACUAUUGUAUGUUUAAGUAUGGUUUAUAUUUGUUUCACUAAAAUGUGUUCUAUCAAUUUUUCAGUCUCCCUAUUUAUAACUCUUAAUACAGGUAGUCCUCAACCUGUAUUAAGCCCAACAUUUCUAUUGCUAAGCAAAACAUUUGUUGAGUGAAUUUUGCCCCAUUUUAUGACCUUUCUUGCCACAGUUGUUACGUGAAUUACUGCAGUUUUUGAGUUAGUACAGUUGGUAAUUGACUCUGGCUUCCCCACUGACUUUAUCAGAAGAUCACAAAAGGUGGAUCACAGGACAAGACAGCUGUCAUAAAUACAUGCCAGUUGCCAAUCAUCCAAAUUUUGAUUAUGUGACCCUGGGGAUGUUGCAAUGCUUGUACGUGUUGUAACUUCUUUCAGUGCUGUUGUUUCUUCAAAAGGUCACUAAAUAAACUUGUAAGUUGAGGACUACCUGUAGUACAAAGAAAUUUGUAUACUACUACAAACAAAUUAUAUACACUUUCAUGCAGGAACAGUUGAUUAAAAAGUUUCAUUUGAAGAAAUUCUUAAGUAGGAUAUAUUACAAAUUCCAACAUUCACUUAAGAUUUGUAAAGGACGAAAAGGGAAGCAGCAAAUAAUACAAAAGAGAACUUAAUGCAGUCCCUUCAGACAUCUAUAUAGUGAUGUAUUUUUUAGCCUUGGCAACUUUGAAGUGUGUACUUCAAUUCCCAGAAUUUCCCAGCCAGCAAGGUGUUGAAGUCUUACCAAAUAAGUCAUAUUUUUGUAUGUUGAUUUUUCCGCUGAUCAUUUGUAAUGUAGACCAGCAGCAUUAAAUGUAUAUUUUAAACAGUAUAAACUGUUUUAGUGAAAUGUAGAUUUAUUUUAAAAUACAUCAGAUAUUUAAGAAAAUAAAUUCGCAACAUAUCCAAUCACAUUGAAUAUGUAAACAUAUAAAAACUGUAAAUCUAAUGUACCCAAAAGUAGCAAUUUCAUUAAGGAAUAUACUUCAAAUUCCAGAAUAUGAAUUUUAAUUUUUCCUAAUCCUAAUUCUUAAUCCUAAAAAUGGGCAGUUGGAAGUUAAAAUUGUGAACACGAGAGCUGCCAAUUUCGGAGCGGAGCGCUCCCAAGCCUUUUCGUCGCCUCCCUCCCGUUCAUGCCACCCAUCUCAGGUUCUACUUCUUGCUUGAGUUGCUUGCUUUAGUUCGGCGGGGCCCAGUCGCGGCCGCUGCCUUGCUCGCCGCCCGCUGCUACUCGUCUGCCCUCCAUAAGCGUAUCUUUGGAGACGUCUAACGAGCUCCAGAGCCCUCCUCGUUCUAGUCAGCGGCGCCCCACUCGACUCUUUGACUAUAAGAGAAAAUUCUCGGAAGGUGCCCGGCUCGUUUUCCCAAGGCGUUCCCUCGCUUCUCCACCCCGCUCCCUUCGCGCUUUUCCGGCUGCCCUAUUUCUCCAUCGCGCUGCGAAGUCUCCGUGAAGAAACCUUCCAUCUCUGAGACAGAAAUGGUUCCGGGUCAGCGAAAGCGGUAGCCGACCUGCCGCGCUCGGGGGCUGCGGGAGCUUCAGAGAAGCCGGCAAAAGGGGCAGUCCGGUGAACUCCACUGGCUUUCGCCGCUUGAGGCCGGGAAAGGGGUGCGCGCUUGCGCAGAGAGGGAGCUCUGGUGUUUUGGUGGCGGCGGCAAUAAUAGCAGGAAGCCGCUCACCAUCAUCGCGUGAGGGGCCGCGAGCCUUGGUCGCAGACGGGCCGCCUGCGCUCCCCUUUCUUGGAUCCUCGGGAAGCGGUCCCGGGGCAGCUAUGUCUCUGAACCAAUAUGAGAGGCAUUACAACUCCAUUAACUCUGACUUUGGAAGCGACUCGUCCAGUAGGAGCAGCCCCCGUCCUGCUCCGGGCUUGGGGGGCGAGCAGGAGGAAUUGCAUUAUGCUCCUAUACGGGUUUUGGGUCGGGGGGCGUUCGGCGAGGCCACCCUGUAUCGCCGGACUGAGGACGAUUCACUUGUAGUAUGGAAGGAAGUGGAUCUUACCAGAUUGUCAGAAAAAGAGCGGCGUGAUGCUUUGAAUGAGAUUGUUAUUCUUGCUCUACUGCAACAUGAUAAUAUCAUUGCUUAUUACAAUCAUUUCAUGGAUAACACCACUUUGCUGAUUGAACUGGAAUAUUGUAAUGGUGGAAAUCUCUAUGAUAAGAUCCUACGACAAAAAGACACAUUGUUUGAAGAAGAGAUGGUAGUGUGGUACCUCUUUCAGAUUGCAUCAGCAGUGAGCUGUAUCCACAGAGAAGGAAUUCUUCACAGAGAUAUAAAGACUUUGAAUAUCUUCCUCACCAAAGCAAAUCUUAUAAAACUGGGGGACUAUGGCCUAGCAAAAAAACUGAACUCCGAGUAUUCUAUGGCUGAAACUCUGGUAGGAACUCCGUACUACAUGUCUCCAGAGCUCUGCCAGGGAGUAAAAUAUAAUUUCAAGUCUGACAUAUGGGCAGUUGGCUGUGUUGCUUUUGAGCUCCUUACCUUGAAGAGAACUUUUGAUGCAACAAAUCCCUUGAAUCUCUGUGUGAAGAUUGUGCAAGGAAACCGGGCAAUGGAGGUUGAUUCCAGCAUAUACUCUGUGGAUCUCAUCCAAAUGGUGCAUUCCUGCCUUCAUCAGGAUCCAGAGAAGAGGCCUACUGCUGAUGAGCUACUUGAAAGUCCAUUUAUAAAGAAGCGCAGAAGGGAUAUGGAGGAAAAAGUUGCACUUCUUAAUGGCCCAAACAAACGACCAAGAACAAGUACUAUGAAUGAAGCACCUAUUGCAGUGGUGACUUCACGCACUAGUGAAGUAUAUGUAUGGGGAGGUGGAAAGUCCACUCCUCAGAAGCUGGAUGUUAUUAAAAAUGGCUGCAGUGCACGGCAGGUCUGUGCAGGAAACACUCACUUUGCAGUGGUAACGGUGGAGAAAGAGCUCUAUACUUGGGUGAACAUGCAGGGAGGCACUAAACUGCAUGGCCAACUGGGACAUGGAGAUAAAGCUUCGUAUCGGCAGCCUAAGCAUGUGGAAAAAUUGCAGGGCAAAGCUAUUCGUCAAGUAUCUUGUGGUGAUGACUUCACAAUCUGCAUUACAGAUGAAGGUCAAGCCUUUGCCUUUGGUUCAGAUUACUAUGGCUGCAUUGGCGUUGACAAGGCUUUUGGGUCUGAGGUCCUGGAGCCCCGGCAGAUCAAUUUUUUUUUCAGUAAUCCGGUGGAACAGGUUUCUUGUGGAGAUAAUCAUGUGGCAGUGCUGACACGAAAUCAUGAGGUCUACACAUGGGGCUGUGGAGAAUAUGGCCGCUUGGGUUUGGAUUCAGAAGAAGAUCACUCCAUCCCACAAAAGGUAGAAAUUCAAAAAACUUCCAAUAUUGUCUCAGUCCAGUGUGGCAAUGAUGGAACCUUUCUCCUCACACAAGCUGGCAAGGUGUUGGCCUGUGGUCUGAAUGAAUUCAACAAGCUAGGCCUGAACCAAUGCACUUCAGGGAUCAUUAAUCAUGAUGCUUACCAAGAAAUCCCAUAUGCUAUGACUUUCACUUUGGCCAAGAAACUCUCUUUCUACAAGAUUCGCACCAUUGCCCCAGGAAAGACACAUACUGCUGCCAUCGAUGAGCGGGGUCGUCUGCUUACUUUUGGCUCCAAUAAGUGUGGACAGUUGGGUGUUGGGGAUUAUAAGAAGCACCUAGGCAUUAAUUUACUAGGAGGGCCUCUUGGGGGAAAACAGGUCAUCAGAGUUUCCUGUGGUGAUGAGUUCACCAUAGCUGCUACUGAUGAUAACCAUAUAUUUGCAUGGGGUAAUGGAGGGAAUGGCCGUUUAGCAAUGACACCAACAGAAAGAGCUCACAGUUCUGAUAUUUGUACAUCAUGGCCACGGCCCAUUUUUGGCUCCUUGCAUUAUGUCCCAGAUUUAUCUUGCCGUGGAUGGCAUACCAUAAUAAUUGUUGAAAAAGUUAUAAAUUCUAAAACCAUCCUUCGUUCCAGUAGCAGUGGCCUGUCCAUUGGGACUGUGGCCCAGGGUUCUACAGCUGAACCAAAUGAGGAAGAAGAAACUGAACAGGAUUCUGAGAGCCCUGAUAACAGCAGAGGCUUCCGGAGAACUAUGGAAGCAGAUUGUGGAAUGGGAGAUCAGAUCAGCACCACAGAAGUAGCUGUAGAUAGCAGUGCUGCUAGCAGCUCCUGUCCUAGUUGGCUGCGCAAGGAGUUGGAGAAUGCAGAGUUCAUUCCAAUGCCCCAAACCCCUUCUCUUGAAAGCUUAGCCUCUUCCAGAUCUGACAAAGAAACGUUUCCCUACAAUGAACUAAAAGGACUCCAUAUGCCUUCGCCCACACCUGUUGACAGUAACGAAUCAAAAUCAGAGUCUUGGCUAGUCUUGGAUUCAGCAGAAUCCUGUGAUAGAGGGAAAUUGCCUGUGGCAUCUGAAUGUAAAUGCAGUUUUCUGCAGGCUGAAGUGGAACGUCUGAGUGGCUUAAUAUCAAAGUGCUUGGCAGAUCAGGAAAAAUUACAGCAAGAAACUGCCCGUCUUAAUGCCCAGCUACAAGUUCUCUCUAGGCGACAAGGAACACACCAGCUGGAAUCUCAUUCCAAAGCUACACAAACAUCCAAAGAAGAGAUGGAAUCAGAUCCAAAGCCUGACUUGGAUUCUGAGUCCUGGUGUCUCCUUGGAACUGACUCAUGCCGCUUUAGCCUGUAGUCUUGGAACUUACUCAUUUUCAAACAACAUUAACUACAUGCAGAGAACAGCUUUCCUAGAUUCAGGUCUUUUGUGAACAAUGAAGUCAAGAGUCUCCAUAGCCUCCAUGUACACAAGAGAGGAAGCAUUGCCUUAAGCUAUGAAACUAGGAGGGAAUUUAGAGAGAGUGUGAAAACUUAAAUCCAAACCAGAGUCUGUGCAGGUAUGACAACAGUGAGUUCUCUCAGUGUAUUGUUGAGUCAAUAACACCCUUCCCAGGAAUGGUUCCAGCAGCAGCACUUCGUUUAUUUCCUAACUUUCAAAGAACAGCAUUGAAUCUGCAACAGUAUUCACUUCAUCUUCAAGCAAUUCAAAGAUGAAAAAUUAUUGAAGAGAGAAAGCCAGCAACACCUACAUUGACAGUAAAAUUGAAUGCUCUGAGUUACUUUUAGCUGAUAAAGUUAAAGGAGAAGCAUCGUAGUCUCUAAGAAUGAAGCUUAAAGAAGGGGAAAUACUUUAAAAAAAUAGAUGAAAGCAUCCUAACAAGAAAAACUAUUUAUAUUCAUUUCUAAACACAUAGGCAUGACUCUGCAGAUAACUUAUAGUUUCAGGGAUGUUGGAGAAGGACAUCAAGCACCCCUUUUUUUCCAUUGCCGUUAGGCAUUGUUCAAAUGCAAAAGAACUGGCUGAACUCUUUCAGCUACUAUUAAAUCUCUAGCUCUAGAACUCAACAAGCACUGCUUUUGAAGUCAGACAAAGAGGGAUUGGAAUUUGAAAUCAGAUACAUUUAUGACUUGACUCAUAUUAUUCAGUUAUUGGCCUGAAUUCCAAUAAAAACUAUGGAAAACCUCUUCUUUUUGCCCUAAAUCAGUAUUUUUGCUUCCUUUCAAUACUUCAUGAAACUGGACUUAAAUAUUGCUUUUAACAAAGUAUGUGCAUCAAAUAUAGUGGUCACAAUUAUCAUAUAUCACUUCAGAACUACUUCUCUAGUAUUAUUACUAAACUAUGCAUGAAAAUUUUUUGAAUGUAUGUUGCUUUAUUUUUCACAUUUAAAAAUGAAAUUGAUAUUUUUGUUGAUAUUUUUGUUAAUUAUCUUACUCCUUUGGCAUAGAUAUAAUUUUUAAGAAUUAUUUCUGCAUUUCUUUUUACAGUAGCAUGGGGUUAACUAUAACCUACAGCUUAACUAUAAUUUUUAGAAAAGGUUCUUUUGUAUGCUUGUUCCCAUUAUUUUAUUUGGAAGACCCUUGAUUUUAAUCACAUCAUCUCUUACGUAUUCUAUAAUUUUACCAGACUGAGAAAAGGAAAAGGGGAAGAGUGUUAAACCAAAAUUUGGUCUGUUAAAAUAUUUAAUAGAUCAUUAUGCCAUUGGCUUGAUUUCUUGCCCUCCAAAAAUUACUGAAGUUUUUUUUUCACCCCAUAUGAAAAUACUGUUUCAACAGAGGUUAUCUUUUUAUAAAAAACAAUUAUAUUGGAGCUACAUCUAAUAAAAAAAUCAUGGAGCAGAUGAGAAUCACUAUUUUACAAGAGCACUGUUUUUAUUUCUCAGUACUCUACAAUUGGAGUACUAACUCACUGUACUGAGCGGUGAUCACUCAGCAAUACAUGUGUGCCUUUAAACAUAAUACUGUCCAAGUUGUGCCUGUUACAGAUCCUGAUAUAUAUGCCCCAGCCAUGCUAUGCAACCAAAGCACAGAUUUUGUCCCACCUAAAGGAUGAAGGGAAAAUGUCAAAGUGCCUUUGAGAAGUCCAUUUCCCUUCUCCCUUUUUAGCAGUGUUAGUUCUUAGAUGAUGGUUACUUACUAGCAUUGCUGUUGAUCUAUUGAAAUUCAAUGUAUGAAAAUUAUUUUGUUGUAAUCUGUUUUUCUAAAAUGCAAUAGUGGAAUGGUUUGAUGUUUUCUGUUUAAAUAAAUUUUGACACUCAG